UGCAAAAUCUGGCUGACAAUCCUGCGCUUCCGAUAGUCAAUCCUGUGUAAACAACACCCCCCCCCGCCCGCAAUGCAGCACCGCCAUGACCACCCCCACGACCAUACGUAUGGUCAUUCGCACGUUCAUAGCUCGCAUGAAGGGGAAGAGGAAGUUGUGGGACGCUUCAAGCAUCGGUUUGGCCGCAUUCCAACGCCAGCCGAGUACACCCAACUGAUUGAACACGGGCACAUCCACGAGCGCCUCGACCACGCAGGAGUCUUCGAUGAGCGCGAGCCGGCAAAGUCUCUCCGUGAUUUCGAAGAGCGAGCGUUUACGAUUGGCAUUGGUGGGCCCGUCGGCAGUGGCAAAACUGCACUGAUGCUGGCGUUGUGCGAAGCUUUGCGGGACACGUACAGCCUAGCAGCGGUGACCAACGACAUCUUUACAAAGGAAGAUGGCGAAUUCCUUGUGGCGCAUCAUGCGUUGCCGGAAACGCGCAUUCGCGCCGUCGAGACGGGCGGGUGUCCACAUGCCGCCAUUCGCGAAGACAUUUCCGCCAACUUGCAAGCGUGUGAAGACUUGUCAAGCCAAUUUGCGCUCGACAUGGUGCUGGUGGAAUCAGGCGGAGACAACUUGGCGGCGAAUUUUAGCCGAGAAUUGGCCGAUUACAUUGUGUAUGUGAUUGACGUGGCGGGGGGCGACAAGGUCCCUCGGAAAGGUGGCCCCGGCAUCACCCAAGCCGAUUUGCUCGUGAUCAACAAGACCGAUCUGGCGCCGCAUGUUGGCGCCAGUUUAGACGUCAUGGCGCGCGACGCCAAAGCCAUGCGCGGCCGCGGCGCCACUGUGUUUGCCCAAGUGAAUGCUCGCGACGGCGUGCCAGCGAUUGUGGACCACGUGGUCGCGGCAUUCAAGGCCGCCACCGCCACCCCAUAAGAUGUGACGAUGUGGAGUAGUUACUAUUACUAUGACUAGCCGUAAUUUACCAUGUCACAUGGUGCCGUCGUCGCUGCCGUAGCCACUAGUGACCAACAUCAUAUCGUCUUCUCUCCACACUGGGGCGGAGUCCAUUUCCGGCUCGUCGUCGUCGAAUGUAUCCACGCAGUCGAUGGACGAGGACUGUGUCGUGGUCGAAGUGAUGGCUCGGUGGCCGUUCGUGAUGCGAUGAGGUUUCUUUGGUUUCUGGACAAGUGACGGCGGCGCCAAGGGAUUAGAUCGCUCCUCGAGCUACAAUACCGAUAUUGGUUUUAGAUGUAAAAACGAAUAUUGCGGUAAUAUUGUCG